CAUGUUCCCCCGUUCUCAGGCCGUGCUCUGUUUCACUUUCCCUUUCUUCUUCUGAAUUUCAAUUCUGGACUGCAAGAUUAUAAUUCUUUUUUUAAUCCAUUUAUUUUGGGUUUCGAUUUUAUGAAAAUGGAAUUGAAGCAAUCAGUAAUGGUCUCAGAAUCAAACUCAGGGACAUCGUCAUCAUCAACAUCAUCACCUUGUGGGAAGCGAGCUAGAGAUCCCGAAGAUGAGGUUUACGUCGACAACCUCCACUCUCACAAACGCUACCUCAGCGAGAUAAUGGCGUCCAGUUUGAAUGGUUUGACGGUUGGAGACCCACUCCCUGAGAAUCUAAUGGAAUCUCCGGCCAGGUCCGAAAGCAUGUUUUAUCCCAGGGAUGAAAUGUCCUUCCAGUAUUCACCAAUGUCAGAAGACACCGAUGACACUCGAUUUUGUGAGACCCCAAUAAACACUUGCUCCUCCCAACCUGACAGUGUGCCCACCAGUCCUGUCUCUCCAUAUAGGUAUCAAAGACCACACAGUGGGUUCACUUCUGCACCUUCCACUAGUUCAUACCCUUCGCAUGGAUGUGCUGCUGCUACUGUCACUUGCUCACAAACUCGUCAACGAGGCUCAGAUUCUGAGGGUCGGUUCCCAUCAUCACCUAGUGAUAUAUGCCACUCAGCUGACUUGAGGAGGGCUGCUCUCUUGCGGUCUGUGAUGAGAACACAGCCUCCUUGGCCAUCAUCCUAUGAACUGGCAUUUGGUUCAGGGCAAGAUCCUGUACCUAAUAUAGAAGCUGCAGAGCGACAGUGCUCAGAUACGAAUAUGAAGUCUUUAGAUGAUGAGAGAGAGUAUCACAUUGAGGAGUGUUCUUCAAUGGGAAUGCCAGUGGCCAAUUUCAAUCGAGAGACAUCUUGCAGAGCCUUGGAUGUGAAUGUAAAAGGUGAUGAUUCUGGGAAUUAGAUUCUUCAGGAAUGCAUUAGGAAGACAAGCUCUAAUCUCAUCAGUGCAUGCCCCAGCAGGUCUUGCUUGGUUCUUCUCAGCUGGGAAAUUGUGAAGUCCCCAUCAUUUAUUUAUUUAUUUAUUUCUAUUCGUGAAGUCCCCAUCAUUUAUUGCAGUGGAAAGGCCAUGGCUUACUUAAUCCAGUCUCUAGCAGUUUCAUUACAAAAAAAUAGAAGAGCCCGUUCACUUGGGACGUAAUUAAUUGCCCCUGAUUUAAUUUUUCUCUUAAUUUUUUGCCGCAACUUGAGCAUAGCUUAUGAGUUAUGAUGUUGCAAAAUAGUGAUAUAUUUGUCUAGUGUUUUAA